AUGCUUUCUCGUGCCUCUAGAGCAGCAACCCUCAGUGCUCACCGUCGCCAAGUACGAACUUUCGCUACUGCUACUGGCAAUUUGGACUUUGGUAUUCCUGAAAAUCUCAAAUCCAGAGCCCCUCCGUAUGAAAAGCUCGUUAACAAACUCUCAAAAGUCAAGGAAAUCUUGAAUAAUGAACCUUUAACGCUUGCUGAAAAAAUUCUCUACUCCCAUCUUGUCAAUCCAGAGGAAACUUUCUCAUCAAUUAAGACCGUGAGAGAUCUCAGAGGCUUAGAAUACUUGAAGCUCAAUCCUGACCGUGUUGCAAUGCAAGAUGCCUCGGCACAAAUGGCUUUACUUCAGUUUAUGACAUGUGGGAUGCCAAACACUGCUGUUCCAGCUUCCAUUCAUUGUGACCAUUUAAUUGUCGGUAAAAAUGGUGCCGAAUCUGACUUGAAGGCUUCUAUCGCUACCAACAAAGAGGUUUUCGACUUCUUGCAAAGUUGUGCUGAGAAAUAUGGAAUCCAGUUUUGGGGACCAGGGUCUGGUAUCAUCCAUCAAAUCGUUCUUGAAAACUUCUCCACUCCAGGUCUCAUGAUGCUUGGUACCGACUCACAUACCCCUAACGCUGGUGGUCUUGGCGCCAUCGCUAUUGGAGUUGGUGGUGCCGAUGCAGUUGAUGCUCUUACUGGAACUCCAUGGGAAUUGAAAGCACCAAAGGUUUUGGGUGUUCAUUUGACUGGUAAACUUAAUGGAUGGACUUCUCCAAAGGAUGUGAUCACUACCCUCGCAGGUAUCCUUACUGUUCGUGGUGGUACUGGUUAUAUUGUCGAAUAUUUUGGUGAAGGUGUUUCAAGCCUUUCUUGUACUGGUAUGGCUACAAUCUGUAAUAUGGGUGCCGAAAUUGGAGCAACAACCUCUACUUUCCCAUUCCAACAAGCCCAUCACGACUACUUGCAUGCUACUGGGCGUGGUGCUAUUGGUGAUGCCGCUGCGAAGGUUAACAAGCAAUUUUCAUUCCUUAAGGCUGAUCCUAAUGCCGAAUACGAUAAAGUUAUCGAAAUUGAUUUGAAUACUUUGGAGCCACAUGUCAAUGGUCCAUUUACCCCCGAUCUUUCUACUAAAAUCAGUGAAUUCGGAGCUACUGCCGAAAAGAAUGGUUGGCCAGGAAAGAUAUCCGUGGGUCUUAUCGGUUCUUGUACGAACUCUUCUUACCAAGAUAUGACCAGGGCUGUGGAACUUGUCAAACAAGCUCGUGAUUUUGGUCUCAAACCUAAAAUUCCAUUCUUUGUUACCCCUGGGUCCGAACAGGUUCGUGCUACCAUUGAGCGUGAUGGUCUCAUCAAAACUUUCCAAGAAUCUGGUGCCACUGUUCUUGCUAACGCUUGUGGCCCAUGUAUUGGUCAGUGGGACCGUCAAGAUGUUUCUAAAACAUCGAGUGAAACUAACGCUAUUUUCACUUCUUUCAACAGAAAUUUCCGUGCCCGUAAUGAUGGUAAUCGUAAUACCAUGAAUUUCUUGACCUCUCCAGAAAUUGUCACCGCCAUGAUUUACUCUGGUGAUGCAAACUUCAACCCAGUUACUGACGAAAUCAUCACUGAAGAUGGCAGAAAUUUCAAGUUUAACCCACCUGUGGGUCAUGAUCUUCCAUCCGAUGGUUUCAUUAAGGGCCGCGAAGAAUUUUACCCAGAAGUUGCUCCUCAAAUACACCCAGAAGUUAACGUCAAUGUUUCUCCAGAAUCAACUCGUUUGCAAUUAUUAGAACCAUUCGAAGCUUGGAAUGGUGAAGAACUCGAAACAACUGUAUUAUUGAAAGUAGAAGGAAAAUGUACCACUGAUCACAUCUCUGCUGCUGGUGCUUGGUUGAAGUACAAGGGUCAUCUUGAAAAUAUCUCCAACAAUACUCUUAUUGGUGCCCAAAACAAGGAAACUGGCGAAGUUAAUAAAGUCUAUGACCUCGAUGGAGCCCAGUUCUCAAUUCCAGAAUUGAUGAUCAAAUGGAAGGAAGAAAAUCGUCCAUGGAUCGUUAUUGCUGAACAUAAUUAUGGUGAAGGCUCAGCUCGUGAGCACGCUGCAUUAUCUCCACGUUUUCUCGGUGGUAAAAUCAUCCUUGUUAAAUCUUUCGCUCGUAUUCAUGAAACCAACUUGAAGAAACAGGGUAUGCUCCCAUUAUGGUUUGCUGAUGAAGCUGAUUAUGAUAAAAUUGGUAGUGGGGAUGUCUUGAAAACUUUAAAUGUGCGUGAUAUGGUUGCUAAAAACGGCGAUAACGGCGGUUUUAUUGAUAUCCAAGUUACUAAGAAGGACACUCAAGAAGAGUUCAUUAUCAAGGCUAAGCACACAAUGAGUAAAGAUCAAAUAGAAUUCUUCAAAGCCGGUAGUGCCAUCAAUUAUAUUGGCAAUUUGAGAAGAGAAAAGCAUAAUCAAUAG